GCUGGGGCAAAAUCCGCACCAUCUUCUGAUCGAAGCUCUGUUGUAUCCACUUGUUCGUAGAGCCAGGAAAGACGACAGUUGGGAGAAUUCGGAGAAAUCGCAGCAGCUGCAGAUCGGAGCUCUCUCUUCAGUCAGUCAUAUAGGCAGGAAAGAAGGAAGAGCGUGGGAAAUCGGCUCAAUUCGGAAAUUUGUGAAGAAGGCUUUCGAAGAACAAUGUCCGAGCUGCGCAAGGACAUGAUUGUGAACAGGUGGGUGAUCAUUUCGCCGCGCAGAGGCAAGAGACCGCAUGACUUCACCGCCGAGACAAAGCCGUGCAUACAGCCUGGUCCGUGUGCCUUCUGCCCGACUCACGAGCAUGAGACGGGUCCGGAGACGCUGGCAUUCCGAGACGGCGACAAGACGGACGGGCCGUGCUGGAGGGUGCGAGUCGUGGAGAACAAGUACCCGGCCGUCUCCGUCGAUAUGGAGCCCUCCGAUGGAUUGUGUAAAUCGGACUGCGGAAUCUUCGAGGGAUGCACAAUGCCAGGGUUCGGAUCACACGAAGUGGUGAUCGAAACGCCGGACCACGAUUCCACGUUUGCCCAGCUCCCCGUCUCGCAAAUCGAGGAGAUUUUCAAAGCUUACCAGAGUCGCAUCGAGCACCUCCGGCAAGACACACGAUUCAAGUUCGUUCAGGUUUUCAAAAAUCACGGCAAUGCGGCCGGAGCGUCGAUGUCUCAUUCACACAGUCAGAUCAUCGCUCUACCCAUCGUCACCCGGGCUAUGGAGGAAGACAUCGCCGGCUCCAAAAGUUAUUUCGAUGCCAAUGAAAGAUGCGUUCUGUGCGACAUUCUUUACCAGGAUACAUGUCUCAACAAGGACCGGUUGAUCGACGAGACGCCAGUCGCCAUCACCAUCUGCCCUUAUGCUCCCAGAUUCCCUUACGAGACCUGGCUCAUCCCGCGCUCCCACAACUCCAAUUUCGGCACCGUCCCCGCUCACGAGAUCAAAGGACUGGCGGAGCUGAUCAAGACCACGCUGCUCAAGAUGGACGAGGCCUUCGACCAUCCGCCGUUCAAUUUCAUGCUGCACACGGCUCCGUUGCGGGACUGUACCGAUUUGCCCUACUACCACUGGUACAUGCGAAUCGUCCCGCAUCUCAUCACGCUGGCCGGCUUCGAGCUCGGCAGCGACUGUCAUAUCAACCCCGUAGCUCCUGAAGACGCCGCCCGAGUUCUGAGAGAGACGACGUUGACGAGUGACUGACUGACUGACUGACUGACUGACUGCGCAGUCCGCGCACUCCUGCCCUCGUACAGUCGAUGCCGCCGACCACGGUGCUGUGAUUCACUGACCGCCAAACUAUGUCUGGGCUCGUGGUUGCAGUUUUUAAGUGACUGGAUACAUUCCUUUCGAAUGUAGGUUCUAUCAAAGGGGUCUCAUUCCCCUGAUCAUGGUAUCACACAGCCUAGAACUCAGGACAGGAAUCAUGGAUAAUAUGACCUGCAGAACCUUCAUAUCAAACCGAUUCUUUAUCUCGAAUACAUUAGAUAUGCACAAGAUUACAGACUCUUUAAAUCUUUUACUCCCAUUCACGAGUUUCUGACCGAGGAAUUUUGACCUUUCAAAUCUUGCUGUUACAUUA